AUGUACCGGUUUAGAGGGCAUCGAAGAUCUCAAGAUGCAUGCUUUGAAGAAAUCCCUGAGUCCUACACUCUGCUUUCUUCUCUGUUUCGCAGCAUUGAUGUCCUAAAAUUCUCUUUCCACUAUUUUUCCACGGGCGAUACUACUCCCACAAAGGGAGCUUCUUCUUCUCUGUCUCUGUAUUCUUCUACCCCUUACUCUCUCAGAGACUUAGCUGCUCAUGUUAUACAAACCCAUUUCUGUGCUUUCCUUGUUCGUAGAUCAAGUGCUCUUAGACAACUCAAAGACCUUGCUGUCAUCAAGUCUACUUUCAACUCUAUCAAAUCCUCGCUUUCCUGUGAAACACAUUUCGAGUUUAUGCUAUUUCUCAUAGUCAUAGAUUUGCUUCUCAAGCUUGACUCUAUUAAAGGUGGGAAUCCUCUUAUUAGGGUGGGGAAGAGGUCGAUUACUAGAGAUUUGGUGCGGUUCUUGAAAGUUGUUGUGAAAAGCCAUGGGCUUUUCUCCAAAACUAAGCAUUUAAGUUUUGGCCAUCCAAAUGGUAACAAAUCUAGCGUUUUGGGCACCGGGAUCAAAAGUUUGGGUGGGCAGACGAAAAUGAUAGAUAAGUUGAGGGCCAAAGUUGAGAAGAUUAGUGGGUUGUCUAGGAAUUGUUGUUUUUAAAAUGAGGAGGAAGAAGUGGAGUUUGAGGGGUUCAAGCAAGCCAGUGAUGAUGAUAAGGAAAACCCUCCUAGAGUUGUCAUUAGUGGAAAGAAUGGGCAGAUUAGAAGUGGGUUUUUGGUGGAAAUGAAUGUGAUUUAG